UGAUUUAACAAAAAUGUAAUGUUUCUUAAUUUUAGUCAACAGGAAAUGUUUAAAGGAAUUAAAAUGCUAUGAUCACACGUUUAUGUAUUUUCUUAACUCAGUUUCUGACAUGAAACAUACUAAAAGGUAGAAAAUCAUUGGUACAUGUUCCGUUUGUCACUGCCAGUUAGUCCUUAUGCGUCGUCAACGGCAUUGCUCACACUCCUCAUUGGGAUUCGACUCCUUCACUCUCCUUUAUUCGCAGAAACACUGCCUCCUCCUCCUCUUCCUCCACUCCUGCUCUCCCCUGCGCCUCAAAACCUCAACCCAUGGUGUGAAGGUUUCUUUCAUCCACUUUUCUUCAGGAUGGGGUUUUUUAGACAUCUGUGCGCCGUCAAGAAUGAGCUCAUCCUCUUCUCAACUCCACUUCUCCUUCUUCCAUUGCCUUUGGUGAUCGGGACGCCGGAGGCAGAAUGUGCCUAUAUAAUAAUCUUGAUGGCAGUGUAUUGGUGCACAGAGGUACUGCCACUAGCUGUGACCGCUCUCCUCCCAGCUAUCCUGUUCCCUUUGUUUGGGAUAAUGGAGUCCCAAGACGUGGGCAUGCAGUACUUGAAGGACACCAACUUGUUGUUUGUGGGAGGACUUAUGGUUGCUGUGGCAGUGGAGCAUUGGAAUCUUCACAAGCGCAUUGCCUUGAGGGUGCUGCUUUUUGUUGGUGUGCGUCCAGCUCUGCUGAUGCUGGGCUUCAUGGGUGUUACUGCAUUUUUGUCUAUGUGGAUCAGCAACACAGCUACUACAGCCAUGAUGGUGCCUAUUGUCCAAGCAGUGCUAGAACAGCUCAACAGCAGUGAGACAGAAGUUCCCCAGAUCCUCUGCUCAGAAGAACAGGUCCAGAUAUCAGACACUGACAAUAAAUCUUCUACACAGACAGAGAAGCAGAAUGAGGGUCAAGGUCCAGUGGUGGUGACUUUCUUAGAUGCUUCAGCAGAACUUACCAAGCUUAAGGAGGCAGCAGAAAGGCGGAAAAUGUGUAAAGGAAUGACCCUGUGCAUUUGUUAUGCUGCCAGCAUUGGAGGCACUGCGACAUUGACAGGAACUGGUCCUAAUCUGGUGCUGAAGGGCCAGAUGAACCAACUGUUUCCUGAAAAUGGGGAUGUAAUUAACUUUGCCUCCUGGUUUGGCUUUGCCUUCCCAAAUAUGAUCCUCAUGCUCACGCUGGCCUGGCUUUGGCUCCAGUUUGUAUACAUGGGAUUCAACUUGAAGAAGACAUGGGGUUGUGGGAGUGUGAAGACCGAGAAGGACAUCGCCAUCUACAACCUCCUUCGAGAUCAGCAUCGUCUGCUGGGGCCCAUGUCCUUUGGAGAGAUUAGCGUCUUGGCUCUUUUCUCUUUGCUUGUUGUCCUGUGGUUCACAAGAGAUCCAGGUUUUGUAGCCGGCUGGGCAACCUAUGUCUUCAACUCCGAAGCAGAGUAUGUGACAGAUGCCACAGUUGCAAUCUUUGUAGCCGUCCUUCUCUUUGUUUUUCCCUCUGAACCUCCCCGAAUCUGUUGCUGGAGGUCUCGAAGCUUUAACACAGCCCCUCAUCAGUCUGUUAACUCCGCACCACGUCUCCUCACCUGGAAAGUUGCCCAAAAAAAGUUGCCUUGGGGCAUCAUACUUCUUCUUGGAGGAGGAUUUGCUUUGGCCAAAGGAAGUGAAGUUUCGGGACUCUCAAAGUGGAUGGGAGAUCAGAUGACACCCCUCCAAAACAUCCCUCCAUGGGGAAUUGCUAUCAUUUUAUGUUUGCUUAUUGCUGUCUUCACAGAGUGCACGAGUAAUGUGGCCACGGCGACUCUCUUCCUACCAGUCCUUGCCUCAAUGUCUCAGUCCAUUGGAAUGAAUCCGCUGUAUGUCAUGGUGCCUUGCACUCUGGGUGCCUCCUUUGCCUUCAUGUUGCCUGUUGCCACACCUCCAAACGCCAUCGUCUUCUCUUACGGCUACCUCAAAGUUGCUGACAUGGCCAAGACAGGGAUAGUCAUGAACAUCAUUGGGAUCCUUUGUAUUACACUGGCGAUUAACAGCUGGGGUAGAGCCAUGUUUCACCUGGACACUUUCCCUGCUUGGGCCAACGUCACAGGAGUCUGAGCGGAUUUUUAAAAAUGUUUUUUUAUUUUUGAUAAAGAUGAUCACAUAUUCUGCCCUUCUUAUCGACCGUCACCAAACAAAAGUCUACAGAUAAACAAAGAUCAGUCACAGUGUCAAAACGCAUAGAACUUUACACAUUAGAUUGGAGUUUAAAUGCUUUAAUUGGUUGGUUUUGUGAGUAAAAGUUGUAGUAAGAAAAUUAUAAAGAUUCCAUCAAUUUUGUUUUGUAAUUAUGAUGUAAAAUACUGUAGUUUUUGUUGGAAAAGGUUCGUAAUGCCCCAUGUUGUACUCUCAGGACUUGUUUUUGUUCUUUUGUUGUUUUUUUUAACAAAAAAUCUUUAGUGGCAUUACCCAAAUGCAAUUUUUAGCAGGUGUUAAGCCAGGGAAAAUGUCUGUUUUGUAUACAAGUAGUCAUUGGAAUGUUAUCAAAUCAUGAUGUACAUCUAACAGCUUCACUUUUUUUAAAUUCACCUUAAAUUCUUUUUUUUUUUUACUUUUGUGCAAUCUGAUAUGCAUGACAGGUAAUAGAAAAAAACUGACAAAUGCAAUAAAAAAAUGAUUAUUUUACCAAAAUGAUGUAAAUAGGUUUUUAAACCGUAUUUUGGUGUAAAAUAAAGAAAAUGAUUCAUGUUUAUGACUGUCACUAAGUGUUAGGCAAUUAUACAAGAUGUCAUAUAUAGAUUGAGCAGUCUAUUCGGUUUUCUAUUUAAAGUCUUUUUCAACGCUAUUUAAAACUUAACUGCAGUUUGGAAGGUUUCUUGACCUCACAGACUUUUGGAGUUGACCUUUGAACACUGCAUCUCACAGCUACCCAUCAUUUUUGCAAUUAAAUUGUGUUAAAUACUCAUAAAGAUGAGAAAUGCAUAAAAAAAGAGAAAAAAUAAAGUUUUUACGUUUACAUAC